AUAUUUCUCAAGAAGACGCUGUGCAGUGGGAACUAUACCGAGGCCAACCCUGUCCUCUGAAAUUUCCAAGGUAUCAAUUUAUGGCAAACCAUAACCACGGCGAAACAUCCACCUUGAGAAUAGCAGAAUCUCGUAAAAUAUCGCGGAUUUCUCUCCAAUGCGACAUCAUUUUCAAUAAUUCGGAAAAUCUGGAAAACCGGGAAAGAUCGUGGAAGGGAUGAAAAUCGACACACCUCUGCAGUGUUUACCAGAAAGUUGAAUUAAUAGUGUAAGUGAAGGGGUAGCGCAAAGUAAUCUUGUCUGAGUGGUUGUUUUCGAUACAACUGUUUAUUCCAGCCGGGUUCCAGAACUGUCGAAACGUGGCGAAAUUCGAGGGCAAAUUGUUUUCCGCGGUGAACAAUUUUUUUUCCAGCUCACCCCUCGUGAGCCAAAUCAAGGACCUGAUGACUCGUCAGACGAGUCAAGCUGAAGUGCCAUCGAACGGGAACAUAACGUUCCAGAAUGAAACCGAAGAAAGAUCUAUCACAGAAGAUCCUAGGCCUGCAGAUUAUGGAAGGAACCAAAGCUUUUCCAUAAGACACUCUUCAGUCUCCAAAAGUCAGAUGAAAGAAUUUCGCGAAGCAUUCAGACUUUUCGACAAAGAUGGCGACGGCAGCAUUACGAAAGAGGAGCUAGGGCGUGUGAUGAGGUCUCUAGGACAGUUUGCUCGCACAGAAGAGCUGCAGCAGAUGUUACAAGAAGUGGAUAUAGAUGGUGAUGGUAACGUCAGCUUCGAGGAGUUUGUAGACAUCGCAUGGUCUGCUAGCGCUGGUACAGAUCCUGACCACGUACAGUCUAGAGAAGAAGAAGACAAGGAGCUCAGAGACGCCUUCAGGGUUUUCGACAAGCACAACAGGGGCUACAUCACCGCUUCUGAUUUGAGAGCUGUGCUGCAGUGUCUGGGAGAAGACCUGUCUGAAGAAGAGAUUGAGGACAUGAUCAAAGAGGUUGACGUUGAUGGGGAUGGUAGGAUUGACUUUUAUGAAUUUGUAAAUGCUCUUGGUGAACCUGGAAAUGACGACAGCUACGACGAAGAAGAUGAAGAAAUAAUGGGAUACUGAAGAAAAAACAAAUGCAAACUUUUUGGAAUAUCAUCUUAUCGAUAGUAAAGAAGAACAAAACCAAAGCAUUCCUUUUCGUCCUCAGCUUGUCAGCUAUGAUAAAUUUUCAUAUAUGUGUAUUUGUUAAGCAUAUUGAUAUAAUUGCCUUGUGUCUAAAUUGAAAUUGUAUAUUAUAGAGAAAUUUUAAACUAACUACCUAUAUAUAAUGGAAACAAA